UAUAUAGAUAUUUACUCCGGCCAUGAUUCUGAAUGUCCUCACGCUGGGUGUGCUCCUCGGCUGCCUUGGCUAUGGCACCCACGGCUGGGACCCGGUGUGCGGCGAGCAGGCUGGCCGCAUGGAGUGCCCCGACAACAAGUGCUGCAGCAAGGAUGGGCAGUGUGGCCUAGGCCCCGACUUCUGCGGCGAGGGUUGCCAAAGCGGCGCCUGCUGCGUGAGCUUGCGGUGUGGCUCGCAGAACGACGGCAAGACGUGCCCCAACAACCAGUGUUGUGGCCAAGACGGGGUCUGCGGGUUCGGCAACGAGUACUGCGGCGCUGGCUGCCAGAGCGGCGCGUGCUCGCAGGGCAUGCAAUGCGGCAGCCACAGGCCAUGCCCCGGGAACUUCUGCUGCAGCCACGCAGGUUGGUGCGGUCUUGGCCCUCCCUUCUGCGGGACUGGGUGCCAGAGCGGAGCCUGUUGCAGCUCGGACCUUAAGCGGUGCGGCAACAGAGGCUGUGGUCGUGUGUGCGACGACAAUCUGUGCUGCGGCAGGGAUGGCUACUGCGGUAACGGCAAGGCCUACUGCGGCGGCGGCUGCCAGGGCGGUCCAUGCUCCUGCGACGCUGCCGGCGGCGGUUUCAGCCACACUGUACAACGGGGACUAGGUGACUCAUGAUGAGCUCAGCGUCGCCUGCGUUGUCGCGCCAUGAAUGGAAGUACUAGGAUUUGCAACGACGCGAAAUAAUAUCUGGUGGUACCAGUUUACAUUAUCAUUACUGCCAAGGUGUCGGCGUUUUGAUUUCCCACUUUUAGUUCUCUCUCCUUAAUUAGUUAGUUGAUUUCCCAGCUUCUUACACCAUGCAUGUGUGGUUAUAACGGAAUCGACUAUUUAUAUGUCAACAGAAUUUUAUUUUUA